AUGGAUAACACCAGAGAUACAAGAGCCGCUGCCGGCAGCAACGAGGGGUACGACGGCCUGAAGUGUACCCCGGAGCAGCAGGGGCCCCUAGAGGGGCCCCUCGGUGCUGCUGCUGCUGCUGCUGCUGCUGCUUCUUCGUGCUGCUCCUCCAGCCCUACAGUGCAAGACCCUUUUGCUGCUGCUGCUUACAACAGCAGCACAGAAAGAAGCAGCAGUCUGAUCGAGGAUUUGGGUUCACGCCUAGAAGACUAUGAAUACGCUGCCAGCAACCCCACGGGGAGCAGCAACAACAGCAGCAAUACCCCCAGCAGCAGCAGCAGCAGCAGCAGCAGCAGCAGCAGCAACAGCAGUGACAGUUCGUCUUCGGGGGUGCGCAUGCACCGCAGCUGCAGCAGCAAAACAGAUGAGUCUGUCAGUGAAGCAGAGCUAGAAAGCCCCACAACAGCAGCAGCAUCUCCUGCUGCUGCUCCUCUCCGUCAGCUAGCUCACCCCUCAGAUGCAUCGACUGCUGCAGCAGAACCAACAGCAGCAGCAGCAGCAGCAGCAGCAGAAGAAGAAGAAGAAGAAGCAGCAGCAUGGGGGCCCCCCCAUGUGUCUCCCCCUGAAGGAAAUGAUGUUUAUAAAACUAUAAAACAAAUAGAGAGAGAAGGGGGGCCCCCGUUCUGCCCCGGCCCCCGGCAUUCUUAUCUCCAUGCAGCUGUAGAUACACCCCAUCAAGGGGCCCCCAGACAAGAGGAGGAGGGGGCCCCCCCCAAAGAGAAGGAAGGGGGGCCCCCCAAGGAGGAAGGGGGGCCCCCCGAGGAGGAAGGGGCCCUCCCCAAAGAGAAGGAAGGGGGGCCCCCCAAGGAGGAGGGGGGGCCCCCAGAGGAGGCCCCUGAGGGGGCCCCCGGGGGGGCCCCCAAGGAGGAAGGGGGGCCCCCAGAGGGGGCCCCCGAGGGGGCCCCCUGGGGGACCCCCGGUAGCUGGCAGCAGAGCGAUGGUGUUGUCUCUGUUUGUUCUUCGUCUGAGGCGAGUGGAGCGCAGACACCGCAGCAGGACAGCAGCAGCAGCAGCAGCAGCAGCAGCAGCAGCAGCAGCAGCAGCAGCAAGUUAUAG